AUGAAUCGCACUGUGAGAUGUGAACAGAUCCGCCCCAUCUGUAGUGAUGGUGACGUUGUAUCUGGUCGAAGUGGUCAUCGGAUAGUCUGCAUUGCCGAUGACAUCUACGUCAUUGGUGGAUAUGUUCAGUUACCGACAGGCCUGGAAGUGGUGGGCGAGGUGUGGGUCUACAACCUUCUGGCGGAGAGAUGGCGUCGGCUCAACCUUCCGAAUUGUCCCUUUCGCCUUGCUCUUUCCGCCUGUGCUCUUGUUGUGGGGAACCGCAUCCUUAUCCAUGGUGGUACAGGCAUUCCUUUUGCGGAUGAGAUCAAUAACACUAUCAUUGAGAUUGAUGUGGUUAUGGAGGAGUGCAAGGAGCAUGCUUGUAUUCCUAAGAAUGCAGAGGAAAAAAAUAUUCCUGAGGCUACCUACGGUCACUCGCUGACCUACGUAUGUCUAUCUGAGGAUGGGAAUAAUUUCAAGUCUCUUGAUGGCGGUAUGUUGGUCAAAGUGGGUGGAGCACGAGGCGCGCCAUAUUCUAACGUGGUGAGCGCAUUUUCCUUCUCGACGGGAACGUGGGAGAGGCUUUUUGGUGGCGAAGGAAUAGAUUCUCUGGAAACUUUCACGCCUAGAUAUCGACAUGAUGCCAUUUUCUGGAACGAAGAGUUGUACAUAAUAGGCGGAACAAAUUUCGAAGGCAGUUUGCCUUUUUGGCCGAUGCCCGUCUUUGACAUACGAAGGCGGAGCUGGCGAUAUGUCAAUUUCUCUGGUAGAUGUCCGUCUCCUAUUCGAUAUUCCUGUUCCGUUCACUUCGAUAAUGUUGUUUACACGACCGGUGGGGUUGUGGACGAUACAGAUGAACUAAACGACCUGGUCUUUGCUUUUGAUUUGGAUUCGUUAGUCUUUUACACCGUCGGAAGCCAACCACUACCCACAUUCUUUCAUGACCUCACUGUCGCUCCUGGACGUUACGAGUUCUUCUCCUUCGGCGGUGUGAGGGAAGAAACACGAGUGAACCACUUGCACCGCUUUCGACUGAUGCACCGACCAAACAGUCUGGCAGAGCUGUGCUGGCGGCAAGUCGCUCUUCUUCUACGAGCUUUCUUUUCUUCCGAUCUUGCGAUGUCGCACCUCCCUCAGAUGCUACGUGCUGCUUCUGCAACUCUUCUCGGUCUUCCUCCUACCAGCUCAACUUUUGACACUCCCCCUGCUUCGUCUGGCGUCAUUGCUGUGACCAAUGAUGUUGCUCCUGGCGGUGUGCGGAGUCUCUUCGCCUACACCAGGCAUAUUUUCUCGUACCUCCUUAGUCAUUUGGGAUAUACGGAGAGAAAACAGAUGUACAUCUCGGCAGAAUCCACAUCAGAGUCGGCUGAGGUUUUCUUCGACUCAAUGAUGGCUAUCUUCACGGAUAUUGUCAACUCAAUUAAAGAGCGCCAGUUGGAUCCUGUGGAGUGCGUGUCAAUUUUUUUGACAGUCCUGUUCUAUUGCAACGGAGCACCUCUGCAAUAUGUGACGCGUCUGCCCUACGGCUUUCGCUGCUUCAACACCGUCUGUCAUUACAUGGAGAAGUUGUCGGCCGACGAUGAUUCCGAGGAAUCCGCAAGGCCGCACAAGAGAAUGUACUUCGCUCCUGCAUAA